AUUCUUUAUUCACCCUCAGGUGGAAAUGGAAAGGUUGGGAAGAAGAAGAAGGCGAAGGGUGGAACAAAGACUUCUAAAUCAAAUGGGACGUGUUGGGCGAACAUGCCCCUGCCUCCUCCACCCAUGCACCCUCUCCCUGGUACCGAGGUUGACCUUGACCAGUACCCCCAGGAAAGCCACGGAGGAGGAUAUGACGGAGACAGCUGGGGUCCACCCCUGUCAGUCCAGCCUUACCUUCACCAGAACUUGGAUAACGAAUUGGAAGAGGAACGAGGUCCCACUCCACCCCUGAGGGGGAGAACUUCCUCACCUGCAGCAGUUCCAUUCAGCCAACCACCGUCUUCUUCUCUCAGCUCCGCCCACCAUGAAGAAAUGCAGUCCAUUUUACAGGCUCACUUGGAUGAGCUGACCCGAGCCUACCAAUACGAGGUGGCGAAGCAGGCAUGGCACAUGAAGAGUAGUCCAAAUAUGUCUAACACACCAAUCCCUCCUGUGGACUUCAUGUCCAGUACACUGGGCUCUGACUUUGGGGCCACCCUCCUUUCUGAAGAUGAUGAGGAUGAGGAUGAAAGAUAUGCUGUGGUGUCAAAGAAUUGUAUAACUUCUCAGCAGUGCCACUCGGACAGCUCUGGCACAGCUGACACAGGUGCACAGGGCACGCAUAGCCUUGGACACAAGAGGGCACCACUUACUGGCCUCAAACCGCAAUCAGACAAAGUUGGAACUCUGCCCAGACCAAGAAACACCAACACAGACUCAGCCCACACACGAGCCAUGAAGUCCCCGCACAGCGCGGGCGCUGCCUGCAUGCACAGCUCAUGGGCAGCUGCAGCCUCAGACCCAUCUCAGGAGUGCAUGGUAACGGUGUCGACACUAGAACAGCAACAUAUGGUGUCCUGGAGUGGCACAACAGCAUCCAGCAGGGCCACCCUGAGUCGGGGUUCCCACCAGAGACCUGGCACAGAUCCAUCUCGCAACGGGCAUCCACCAACAAGCAGCACAGAAAAAAGGGAACACUAUUCUUAG